UUUGUAUAUUAACAGUUCUUGAAUACUUUCAGAGAGAAAAAUGAAGUUCCUAAUUCUGUUCGCAUUGGUCGCGGCUGUGACCGCCGCCCCUGUCGACUUUGCUGAGAUCGAAGAGAUCAUGAACGCCAUCCACAGCCCCAGCACUGACCCCGCCACUGCUGCAGCUCUCGAACAAAUGCUUUAUGACAUACUCGGAAUUAAUACAGGUGAAAUCGGUGUUGGACCCGCAAUUAUUAAACCAGACGAAAUCCAAGUUGGACCCGCAAUUAUCAACCCAGACGAAAUCCAAGUUGGACCCGCAAUUAUCAACCCAGACGAAAUCCAAGUUGGACCCGCAAUUAUUAAACCAGACGAAAUCCAAGUUGGACCCGCAAUUAUCAACCCAGACGAAAUCCAAGUUGGACCCGCAAUUAUCAACCCAGACGAAAUCCAAGUUGGACCCGCAAUUAUCAAACCAGACGAAAUCCAAGUUGGACCCGCAAUUAUCAAACCAGAUGAAAUUCAAGUUGGACCCGCAAUUGUCAAACCAGACGAAAUUCAAGUUGGACCCGCACUUGUUAAACCAGAGGACAUCAGUGUUGGACCCGCACUUGUCAAACCAGAUGAAAUUCAAGUUGGACCUGCAGUUGUAAAACCAGAAGACAUCAGUGUCGGACCUGCAGUUGUAAAACCAGAAGACAUCAGUGUUGGACCCGCACUUGUCAAACCAGAAGAUAUCAGUGUUGGACCCGCACUUGUCAAACCAGACGAAAUCCAAGUUGGACCCGCAGUUGUUAAACCAGAAGAAAUCAAUGUUGGACCCGCAGUUGAGCCCGAAUAUGAAGGAAUCAACAUCGGACCAGCCUUCGUUGUACCUGGAACGCCCGUCGGACCCGCUGGUCUUCCUUCCCAAUUUAACACUCCCCUAGUCCAGGUCAUCGUAAACAUUGACUCUAGCUCCAACUCAGUCACCGUCGAACAAUUGGAAACAAUCCCUGGAGCCAUCGAAGAUGUACACGUCAUCAACCCCCAGCCAGCCCUCGUUGAAGAAGGUGUCCACAUCAUUCCUGAACCAGUCAGCGUCGUUGAGGGAUUCGAAACUGAGCCCAUCAGCGUUGCCGAUCCCAUCAUUCCUGACGUUGCUGCCAACCUCCCUGAACAACUCAACUAAAUAAUGUUAGUUAAAUAAAUGUAAUCUUAUAAUAAAACAAACCGAAUAUACACUA